CAUCCCGCGCUGCGGCGCGCCGAACUGCAGACCAGCGUCAUGGCUGCUUCGAGACCGCCCCAGGUCCAGGAGCUGCUGGCCGAGGCCCGGCGAGCCUUCCGCGAGGAGUUCGGGGCCGAGCCCGAGCUGGCCGUGUCGGCGCCGGGCCGCGUCAACCUCAUCGGGGAACACACGGACUACAACCAGGGCCUGGUGUUGCCUAUGGCAUUGGAGCUGGUGACCCUGCUGGUAGGCAGCCCCCGAACAGAUGGGCUUGUCUCUCUCCUUACCACCUCUAAAGAUGCUGAUGAGCCCCAGCGGCURCAGUUUCCACUGCCCACAGUCCACCGAUCACUGGAGCCUGGGACUCCCCGAUGGGCCAAUUAUGUCAAGGGAGUGAUUCAGCACUACCCAGCUUCCCCCAUCCCUGGCUUCAGUGCAGUGGUGGUCAGCUCAGUGCCCCUGGGGGGUGGGCUGUCCAGCUCCGCAUCCUUGGAAGUGGCCACGUACACCUUCCUCCAGCAACUCUGCCCAGACUCGGGGGCAAUAGCUGCCCGGGCCCAGGUGUGUCAGCGGGCCGAGCACAGCUUUGCAGGGGUGCCCUGUGGCAUCAUGGAUCAGCUCAUCGCACUGCUGGGGCAGAAGGGCCACGCGCUGCUCAUUGACUGCAGGUCCCUGGAGACAAGCCUGGUGCCACUGUCAGACCCCAAGCUGGCCGUGCUCAUCACUAAUUCCAACGUCCGCCAUUCCCUGGGUUCCAGCGAGUACCCCUUGAGACGACGCCAGUGUGAAGAAGUGGCCAGGGCACUGGGCAAGGAGAGCCUUCGGGAGGUGCGGCUGGAGGAGCUGGAGGCUGGCAGAGAGCUGGUGAGCAAGGAGGGCUUCCGCCGGGCACGGCACGUGGUGGGUGAGAUCCAGCGCACAGCCCAGGCAGCAGCUGCCUUGAGCCGCGGGGACUACAGAGCCUUUGGCCGCCUCAUGGUGGAGAGUCACUACUCACUCAGGGAUGACUAUGAGGUGAGCUGCUCUGAGCUGGACCAACUGGUUGAGGCUGCACUGUCUGUGCCUGGAGUUUAUGGCAGUCGCAUGACAGGUGGUGGCUUUGGUGGCUGCACAGUGACACUGCUGGAGGCCUCUGCUGCUUCCCGCACCAUGCAGCACAUACAGGUUGGAGCAGUACAGUGGUACUGCCACCUUCUACCUCUCCCAGGCUGCUGAUGGAGCCAAGGUGUUGUGCCUUUGAGGCACCUGGACAGCAAAUGCAAGCAUGGGCUGAGGUGGCAGGUCAUGCAGCUCUGUGUCUGGCCCCACCUUCCUCAUUUGGGUGCUUAAUAAACAUGCCUCUGA